AUGCCGCCAAGAAGAAGGAAAUCUCCAGAGAGGCCCAUGUCUUCGAAAUCCCUUGAAGGUUCUCGGCUUUAUGUCAAUCAUGUAAAGGAAAGAGCUCCAGCAGUUGCCUUGCCCCAUGUUCUUCCAAAUGCAUCACGUCGAGUGAGUUUCGCACCUACCUUGCCUUCUGUGAAAAUGUCCCAGGAUUUUGGAGACUCCAGAAUCUCUCUAAAGACUCUUUUAAAUGCUAUUAAAACCAUGGAGGGGAGGCUAGAAGGCAAAAUAGACAUUCUUGCCUCAAGACCCUUACUAAGUGAGGACUGCUCAGAGGUCCUUAAUCAGAGUUCGAUGAAAUCUAUUCUUGGGAAGAAUGAGGAAGAGCUGGCCCAAGCAGUGAAGUGUCGAGAUGCUGCCCUGAAAGAGAGCCAGAAGUUGAAAGGGGACCUGGAGGUUUUGGAGGACAGGGAGAACAAGAAGGUGGGAAACUUCCAGCGACAAUUAGCAGAGGCUAAAGAAGACAACUGCAAAGUUACAAUCAUGCUGGAAAAUGUGCUGGCCUCUCACAGUAAGAUGCAGGGAGCUCUGGAGAAAGUCCAGGUAGAGCUCGGGCGAAGGGAUUCGGAGAUCGCGGGCCUCAAGAAGGAAAGGUCUCUAAAUCAACAGAGAGUACAGAAGCUUGAAGCAGAAGUGGACCAGUGGCAGGCCAGGAUAAUGAUUGUGGAGGCCCAGCACAGCAGCGAGAUGGAGCCACUACAGAAGUCUCUAGAUGUAACUAGAGAAGACAACAGGAAGUUGGCCAUGAGCCUGGAGCAAGCUCUCCAGACAAAUGGCCAUCUGCAGUCUAAGCUAGAUCACAUCCAAGAAAAACUAGAAAACAAGGAACUUGAGCGGCAGAACCUGGAAGCCUACAAAGAGCAGAUUGCUGAGGAAUCCAAAGUAGAAGCAGCAUUGCAUGCAGAGCGCAUUGAAGCUCUGAGAAAGCAGUUUCAAACCGAGAGAGACACUGCGAAGAAAGCAGCGCAGAGGGAAGUUUCUGAACAAAUAGAAACAGAAUUAAGGCAAAUGGAGAUAAUUAAGGAUCAGUAUCAGAAAAAGAACUAUGAACAGUCAUUGAGUAUCCAGAGAUUUAUAACUGAAAUGAAUGCCCUACAGAAAGAGAUGGAGCUGUUAGCUAAGAGCCAGUAUGAAACCUCAACUCGAAAUAAACAGCAAGAGUUGAGACUAGGGGCUGAGCGGAAAAUGAGGCAGGAACUAGAAAAUCGGUGCAAGGAAUUGGAAGAAACUGUCAGACACCUGAAGAAAUGUAAAGAAGCGACAGAGAAUAAAUUAAAAGAAGCCAGUGUGGAGUCAGAACAGAUAACAGCUAAUCUGGAAGAAGCUCACCGCUGGUUUAAAUGCAGGUUCGAUGGCCUGCAACUUGAGCUGACCAAAAACCGGUUGCAGAGGCUUCCCCGGGAAGAGAGGUGGAUGGAAGAGAAUCAAGGCAUGAAACGUGAUAUUGCAUCCAGCCAGUCUGUUCUGCAUCGAUGGGAAACUAAACAGAACCUUGGGGUUGUGCCUAAGAAGUACCAUUCUGACACAGAGAAGAAGAACAGCCCCUGACAGCAAUGUCUCAUGAGAAGACAAGCCUCCAUGACUGCUAGCCGCAGAGGUGCUGGCCUGUUUCUACACCGUAAGACCAUGACGUGUGCCGAAGAUUUUGGACUUUAUCCUUCAUGAACUCUUUAAUAUUACUGUCCCAUCUUUUUUGUCCCUUUCCCUAUUUUCCACUCAAUAAAUUUGAAUUAGUUUGUUUUAUGGUAGUAGAUGUUGUCAUGUGAUA